GGUUUCGAGGAAAAUAUUCCCGCAGGAUUCAAAAAGUAUCACAACCUUGGUCAGCCUUCCCGAAGAACUUGUGAACACCUUGGGUCUCGUUUCAUAAACAAAAAAAGUGGUGCGGAAGCGGUGCGAAUGGAUUUUAUUUUCAAUUCGUUAUUCUAUAUUCCCAUUUUAUCGGUGGCGAUUCGACUGUAGUCUUGGGUGAACGAUAAAAUAUGGAUACCGCUUUCGUUCCGAUUCAGACCAAGGCAUCAGCUGUGUUAAAGAAAAAGGCCGAGUUCGCCGUGACCGUUUUCGAGCCCAAAAAAGCAGCGCUAAAACGAAAGCAGACCGCCAGGCCACGACCACCGCCAGUGGAGGAUCGGAAAACUUCAGAUAACGAGGACGAUGACGACGAUAUUGACGAUAUCUUUUCAGAUGCCCCUCGUCGUAAGCCGAAAUCGAAAGCCGAUCCAACGCAAUUUGACCUGGCAAAGGCACGGAAAGAUAUAAUAAAUUUCGGCAUCAGCGGGUUCGAUAAGGAAGACAAACAGCAGGCCAGCGUCGCACUAGCCAUAAAGCUAGGGGCAAAACCGCCCAAAAGGAAACAUCGUAAUUAUCGGGAAAUACUGGAGGAAAAGAAAGCUGCCAAAACUACGGAGGAGGACGUAGCAGCGAAAAGGCGCGCCGGUCAGGCCGACUUCGGAGCGGUUCAAUCUUUCCAGAAGCAGCAGCAAAGAAAGCGUGAUCGCGAGCGAAAUCCCGGUGCUAUCAUGAAGCAUUACGGCAAAGCUAGGCCGCGCAUUGGAGGCAAAAGAAAAUGAUAAUAAAUGGUUAAUUUAAAAUGGU